AUGGUGAGUUUGUACGCACACAUUAUCUACUUCUAUUCAUGCAUUUUUUUAUUAUAAUAUUAAAAAUCUUAACACACAUACACAAAACAAUUUGAUGGUCUUUACUUUUGUGAAUAUUUUCUGGUUUUCUGGGUAAGUUUGUGCAGUUAAUAUUACGAAAAAAAGAAAUUUGUAAAGGCAAACAAAGGCUCUGUUGACGCAUGAUUACCGUAGUGGGUAAGAAUUAUUCCCUCUGAAUGAAUGUGACUCAGUGUAGUUGUGAGUUAGCACUGUUUGGGUUAGGGAAGUGGACAAAUUAGCUUUACUAUAAGAGGAUCUUUUCAUUGACGCGUUGUCCAAUUAACCUGACAGGAGACAGAGACUGAUCUGUGGACAGAGAGCCAGAGUGAUGAAGACAGUGACAUGGAGGAUGGCCUGAGCACUUCAGAUGUAAUUCUUUUUGAAUUUUUUUUUUUUUUUUGGUUUAAAUAUAAGCCUCACACAAUCCUACAUUAUUCAGAAAAAGAAAACUUAAUAGAGAAAAGCUGUUUGGAGUUACCAUUAAAAAGUCAGGAUUAUUAAGCAGUCACUGGACUAUUUGUUUUACAUUUACUUUUGUAAAGUUUGGGGUAAAUAUUUCUCUCUUAAAGCUCCUGUGGGGAGUUUUUGACCAGUCAUGAAACAGUGUGAAAUUAGCACAGACACCUCUUUACGUACUGCAAAAGCAAACAGGAAGAUCAGGAAAAAUAUUGCUGUCGUAAUUUUCAAUGCUUGAACCCACCACAAGAGGGUUGGUGUCAAAUGAGAUAAUCAACAAUAUGCUAAAGAAAAAAAAACUUUUUUUUCUACAGCAGAUAUUCACAAUACACGUGAUUUUAAAGACAGUAAGGUGAAGUUCUCUGAAAACACUACCCACAUGUGUACAUGACAAGAUCAGCAAAUCAAUCACAUUUAAAGCUCCUGAUGAGCUUUUGGUGUGUGCCAGUUUUGGUGCCACCUUUGGGAAAAGCAGCUUGUCUUUAUCUGGCUCUCUACAUGCUAAAAUAAUAUCUGCUGACUUUUGAUGGUCAAAUGUGUAAUUUAUUGUAAAUAUUUUGUGUUGAAAUUGCAAAAAGCGGGCUUUUCCUCUACUGCUCAGUUGACACCUUCCUUUUCACACCAGUUUCAGGCAUCAAAAUGACAAUAUGCAAAUUACCAAUCUUGUCCCUGAUGGUUUUGAUUGCUCCUGGUUAUCAUAAAAAGGCAUCAAUAUGAUUUUGAUUUCAUUUCAUUCAAGUCAAAAAACUCCUCAUAGGAGCUUUAAUGUUAUCAAGAUAUUCAAUCAUUCCUAUCAUGUAAAGGUCAACAAAUGAAUUUUUUUUCUAAAGCAUCUGUAAUUGUAGUAUCAAUAGGUAACAAAUAAUAACCCUAGAAUUAUAGAGCCUACUUGAAAUUAGCUUAUGAUGACAAUUAUACAAUAAGGAACAUGAUAGAUUAGAUCUUUUAAGUUCUAACUAGUAGAAAAUGGUGGUAGUGGCGGGGGUUUUGUAACCUACAUUUUAUAUAGCCUAUCUUGUCAGAGCUUCUCAGUCACUGUUGUAUAAACAGUAUCUGUGAGAAGGUUAAUCUUUGGCCUCCUCUCGUGCUCAGCUGUUCUCUCCAUAAGGUAACAGUGUCGUGUUUGUCUCUGCAGGAGAGCUGUGCCACUGACUGGUAUCACCACCCUCAGCUGGACACAGACAUUGAGGCAGUCAGAACUUUAUAUACAGACUCUGUCGUCUCUAUAACGUAAGAAAAUAUUUUUGUUGUUGUUAUACAGUCUUGAAAUAAAAUUACUUCUGCAGGUUUUCAUCCGCAAAAUGUCAUAUUUUAGGGAGUAUGGGUCAAUUGAUGAAGUGGACAUCGACCUUAACAUGAGUGCAGAGUUUUUGGGUGUGAGUUGAAUCUGUUACACACUUAUUUAAUACAGUGCACUGCUAUGUUUUCUAUUGUGGCUUCCUGCUUUGUGUAAUGUGAUUAAAUUGUUUGGUGUCUACAGCAUGAAGUGGCCAAGGCCUGGAGGAUUAAUCCAUCAGAGUCCAUUGUUAUCCGUCUACAUUUUUCCCUGUCCCAGUAUCUGGAUGGACCUGGUGAGUAAAAACAGCAACACAGCCACAAACUUACUUAAAUUAAAAAAAUUUAAGACAGCUUUAAAAUACACAGAAAACCAUUAUAACACCUAUAAGUGACCUAUAAAAGCAAAUAAGACCAUCAGCAGUGAGACUAGUAUUUUCUCUGUACUAACUUUUAAUGUUUUUAACCACUGCCACACGGUAAUUGAAGUUAUUGAAGCUACCAAUAUGUGUUUUUCAAAACCUUUUUCACCGCAAAGAGUCUUUCUUCCUUUUCUUUCUUUCUUUCUCUAAUUAAUCUCAAACUUUGAGAACAGAAAAAACUACUAAAAAUGAAAACAUUGAGCAAAAUAAUACAUAUGUACACCAAACAACUAUACAUGUCAAAGAUAGAUUUACACUAACAUAUGUAUGUCAACAACAAACAGUUUAAGAAAGAACAGAAUGAAGCAGAGAGCUUAUCAAGUCCUACCCCAUUCCUUGCAAAUCAGAGCCAAUAAUGAAUGAAAAAGUGGAAAAAUUUAAAAAAGAAAAUCGUAUAUAGCCACUGACACAAGAGUGACACUGAAUAACUGUUAAAAAAAACAGCAAAGAGAAAUGAGGUACAGCUUGUUUCCUGUCAAAAAAUCAGAAGUUCCUCACAGGAGCUUCAACAUGACAUUGAAUGAUUCCUCUUUAUCUGAUUUUUCUUACCACAGCACCUUCAGUCGAAGUCUUUCAGCCAUCCAACACCGAUGAUUUCAGCCUUGGGAAGCAGCUCCAGAAGUGGGUGUUCAUUCUUUACGUUUCACUCGUUGCAGUUAAAGAUCAUUCAGUGACAAACUCCUAAUUUGUGUCACCCAGUAUUCUCACAAUCUUCCUCUCUCGGGAGUGGAAACACCUAACCAAUGAGAACAUCAUGGUGCGACGGAAGAGCAGGCAAAGCUGGUUCAGGCCGAGUGGAACCAUCAAGAAAUUUCGAGCUCGAUUCAGCAUCUGGCUCCCACCAUCAAAGUACGCAACAAAAAGCUUAAACACUGAUUCAAACGAUUCUUGAUUCUUUUCUAACUGGUUUCUCUCUCCUGUUGUGAUCAGGUUAAAUAAUCUCCAGGAACCCACAGUAGGAGGAAGAGUCAUUAUACCACCAAUGAAACCGAACCGUUUCACAAAUCACACAAAGUCCUACACCAUCAAGAAUCCCACUGGAGAGCUCUUCACCUACACACCCAGUGGAAAGGUAACCCCUCUGUCUGAGUUAACUUACUGUUAGUGCUUAAGGAUUUCCUCAAUACUUAAAUCAGACUUUGCGUCUUUUCUUCCGCAGAGGGUGAUGGUGUCAGCGGUCAAGUCUUCAGCACAGCUCAGCACCAAACAGCUGAUCGAGCUGCUUUUCUCCUCACAGGCCAUCGGGCACUGUAAGACCACCCCCACUCUGCAGCAUGGCUUCCUAGCACAGGUAGGAAAACUUCUGUCAGAGAUUCUUGAAAUUUGGUGAAAUUUAAGAGUCACUGCUCACAAUCAAGUUGAUCAGUUGAUGCAGACGUGAAGUGGUGACCACAUGAUCUCUUUACGCCAUCAUCGUCACAAUGCUGUGAUUUGUUUAUCUUGUAAAAGAGGGCAAAUGUAAUGCAAUCCAAAACAGUUAUGAACAAAGUAUUUCCGAUAUUUAAAUUGAUGUUUUUUAGUACUUAUCACCGCUUCGUGCUCAUUUUCCUACAUAUAAAAAAUGCUUCAGUGUUUGAUGAUAGAAGAUUUUUGCCUUUUCUUGCUUUUCCUUUUCUUUUUAUCAACUGUUAUUUAAUUUUAUUUUACAUGUACAAAAUGAUGCCAUCAAUCAAUCAACCAGCUAUCUAAUCCAUCAAUCAAUCAAAGCACAAAGUGAGACGUAAUGAAAGCAAUCUUUAUACUUCAUUUUAUGUGCAGAUUAUGAGGUAUGCUGAGCAGAGACUCCCCACUCUGAAUGAAUACUGUGUGGUCUGCGAUGAGCGACAUGUGUUUCAGAACGGCCCCAUGUUAAAGGUACAUUGAAAAGAAAACAACUGGCCAGUAUACUUCAUCAAAACUAAAAGUACAGCUGAAUGUCAUUAAAGUGUCCCUGUUCUGCUCUGUGUGUUUAAAGCCAGCAGUUUGCAGCAGGGAGCUGUGUGUGUUUUCUUUCUAUACGCUGGGUGUCAUGUCUGGAGCAACAGAAGAAGUUGCCACCGGUGCAGAGGUCUGUAACACACAUAUGCACUUCUUUAAAAAGGUACUCUGGAUGGUGACAGAGAGAGUUUGGUGUAUAUCACUCAUCUCUGAUCUUCAGGUAGCUGACCUGCUGGUGGCCAUGUGUAGAGCUGCUCUCCAGUCUUCACGCAAGAGCAUCAUAUUCGAACCGUACCCCUCUGUUGUUGAUCCACAGAACCCCAAAAUACUGGCCUUUAGCCCAAAGGUAUCUUUUUAACUAAUCCAUUUUAUUAUUGACUUCAAUUAUAAUUAGAUUAUCCAUAAUUACCUUUGUAAUUCUAAAGAAAUCAUCUUUGUUGUGUUGCUGCAGAAAAAGAGCUAUGACCGGCUACAGAAAGCUCUUGACAGCGUCUUGCUAAUCCGAAGGAUGGCACAAGUAAUUAAUCUAAAGCUGAAUCUUUAUGAAACCGUAUUUAAGAUUCACAUCCAUGCACUUUGAAUGAUUUAAAUAUAUUGGAGGUUUGUUGGACUGAUUUGUUUUGUCUCAUAACAUCCAGGGUCCAUAUUCUGAAAUAAAGAAGCAGAUGGAUCAGAUAGACCCCCUGGCUCAUCCUUUACUGCAAUGGUGAGAGAUGUGAUUGAAAUGCUAUUGCAUUAAUACUUCUAUUGUAUUCUAUAACCUUCACAUUUUGUCAAUUCCAGUUAUCUGUAAGACUGAUAUCCAGGUGUGUGUUUGCAUGUCUGAUAACAGGAUUUUAGCAAGCAACAGAUCACACAUUGUCAAGCUUCCACUGAACAGGGUAUGAUUCAGUAGUUCAUAGCUAGAGUUUGGUGUCUUAAUGUGGCGGCUGCAAGUUUUAUUUUACUGCUGAGGUAGUUUGUAAUAUGCAGCCAAAUUAUUAUUUUACUUCAGUAUUGUUGCAUCACAUAAUGUUUUUAUACAUGUUUUAAGAAAGUAAUCGUUAAUGAUCUAUAUUUUCUAUUUCUCUGUGCUCAAUAGCAACUCAAGUUCAUGCAAACACCCCAUCAGUUCCUGCUGAUCAGCAGCCCUCCUUCCAAAGAGGCUCGCUUCCAAACUGCCAAGAAACUUUAUGGUAGCACCUUUGCUUUCCAGUGAGUAAAAUCAUAGCAGUGUUAACCUUGAUAUCAUGAUAUAUCACUAAAUACUAAAUAUGAUCCCUGGUAUGUUGACUCAAAUCCUAUUUUCUCUUCAUGUAGUGGUUCCCACAUUGAAAACUGGCACUCUAUUCUAAGAAAUGGGCUGGUCAAUGCCUCCUGCACAAAACUACAGGUAGAGAACAAGACAGUCACCUAUUUUGCAUUCUUUAAACUAAAUAAACGAAAGCUUUUAAAUGUAACAAGAGUUCAACAGACUGCUAAAUAUACAGUAUGCUUUUUUAGACUUAUAUGAUGAGGAGUUACACCAAGUUUCAAUAAACCGAUCUACUGACCGUGUCAUAUUUUUGUUCUGUUUCUUGAAGCUUCAUGGAGCUGCAUAUGGGAAAGGCAUAUACCUGAGUCCAAUCUCUGGCAUAUCAUUUGGAUAUUCUGGUAUGAACGAAAACUGAACUUACUUUAAUAAAGUUCUGCAAAUAAAACCACACAUGUAACUUAGUAAAUGUGUUUUUAAACCUGUCUUUCAGAGAUGGGUAAAGGGCGACACGAAAUGCCACCAAAGGGAGAACUCCUGAAAAAAUACAAUCAAUUACACAAAAUCCAACAGGUAAAAAAAGCCACAAAGAACAUCUGAUACCAUGGUAGUGCUUCUUUUUUUUUCCUAACUCUGUUUUCUUGUCUUGUCUUAGGAAAAGUCGGUACAGGCCAGGUUUCUUCAGAACACAAAUUUAAACUGCAUAGCUCUCUGUGAAGGUGAUCCUCAAACAAUCCAUAUCUCACACAGGCUGGAUUACAAGAGAUCAUGGUGUUUGUGUUUUUAUUAAAACACAGUCUGUAUUUCUUCACAGUAAUAACCUCAAAGGAGCUUCAAAAACACGGCAACAUCUGGGUGUGUCCGAUAUCUGACCAUGUGUGCACACGGUUCCUCUUUGUGUGAGUAAAACGCGAGACAGUAAAGACACAGCUGCCCAGAAAAUAUGUCUGUCUGUCAGUGUAAUAAGAUGAUUCCCAGAAUUUAUUCAAAUUCCUACAAUGUUAUGCCUUUCUCUUUCUCAGGUAUGAGAAUGGCCAAGUGGGAGAUGUGGAAAUCGAUACGCAGGAAGCCAAGAUCCAUAGGGAAAUUAUUCAAGUAAUUGCUUCAAAGCCUUGCUGA